UAGGUACCAAUGAGUAAUAAAAACUUAAAGUGUGCAGAAAAAGAAAACAAGACAGAAAUAAACAAAUAAAAUUAUUACUAACUGUGUUCUUUGUCGUGGGACCCAUAUUAGGAUCUUUUGAAACAGACGUCUGUUUCAUUGUUUCUCUGUUUGCUUAUACCUCUGCCACUCAGCAGAGCUCUCUCUCUCUCUCUCUCUUUUCUCUCUCACCGUUGGAUUCUUUUACUACUUUUCUUUUAUUUUAUCUUUUUAUUUUUAAGUAUGAUGAUUUGUUUAUGUUGUUUUCGAGUUAAAGAGAGCCUUUGUUUUCUUUUGGGUCAUUUUAGCAAAAUCCAAGAAAGAGAGACAGCUCUAGUCUUCUCUUUCACACCAUGGUAUAGUCUGCAUAAUCUCACUGAUCAACUUAGCAAGGUCUUUUUUUUAUUUUUUCGCUUUGGUCAUUGUUGUCUGUUCUUUUUCUGUUUUUCUAUUGUUUUAGCCAAGCUUAGUUCUAUCCUAUUAUAAGUUAUUAGUGACGAGAAAAGGCUAAAUUUUUUGGGAUUAUUAUUAUUUUUAUGGAUAGUUUUUAUUUCAGUAUGGUGGUUUUAAACUCUCACUCUGCUUGGAAGAAGAACUUUUUGGUGAUGCAAAAAUUUUGAGAUUUGAGCAAUAGUUAUUUGGGUUUUGCCAUUUGUGGAAAUGGGUUUUGUGUGUUUUGUUUUGUAGUGGUAGUUUGAACUCUCACUUGCUACUGAGAGUUUAAAGGGUUUUAAAAACUGAGGUUUUGGUUUCUUGAGUUUUGGUGAUUAUGGAGGAGGUUGAGGAGGCAAAUAAGGCAGCUGUUGAGAGCUGCCGUAGAGUUAUUGCUCUCCUAUGUCAACCUAGAGAUCAAGUUCAGGCUAGAAACUUGGUGACGGAAACUGGAGAAACUGUGUCUAAGUUUAAAAGAGUGGUGUCUCUGUUGAGUAAUAGUUUAGGUCAUGGAAAAGUGAGAAAGUUGAAGAAGUUUAAAUCAUCUUUGCCUCAAAACAUCUUUCUAGAUAGUCCUAAUUGCACAACAAUUUUGGCACCGAAACCCCUCCAAAUGGUUCCUGCUAGUUUUCUCGAGACCCCUAUUUCUGAAAUGGAUUCCAAAUCUAAAUCUAGUAUGCAACCUACCCGGAAAAUUUUUCUUGAAAAUUCAGUUGUUGAAAUGAGCUCAAAUGUCAGGCCUUCUUUCCAGAUUUCUCAAAUAAAACCAACACAACAAUACCAGUUUCUUCAACAACAACAGCAAAUACAAAGGAUGCAGUUUCAGCAGCAGCAACAAAUGAAAUAUCAAGCUGAUAUGAUGUAUUCUAGGAGUAACAGUGGGAUUAAUCUUAAAUUCGAUGGGUCUACCUGCACACCAGCCAUGUCAACCACAAGAUCAUUCAUAUCAUCUUUAAGCAUGGAUGGCACCGUGACUAACUUUGAUAGAGAUUCAUUCCAUCUGAUUGGUGUACCUCAGUCAUCUGAUCAGAUCUCGCAGCAGACAAGACGAAGGUGUUCUGUUAGAGGGGAAGAUGGCAGUGUUAAAUGCGCCAGCUCCGGUAAAUGUCAUUGUUCAAAGAGAAGGAAACUGAGAGUGAAGAGAUCCAUAAAGGUGCCUGCUAUUAGUAAUAAGGUGGCAGAUAUUCCUCCUGAUGAGUAUUCAUGGAGAAAAUAUGGGCAAAAGCCGAUUAAGGGCUCUCCACAUCCUAGGGGAUACUACAAAUGUAGCAGCCUUAGAGGUUGCCCAGCAAGGAAGCAUGUCGAGAGAUGCCUGGAAGACCCUUCAAUGCUAAUUGUCACUUAUGAAGGUGAGCAUAAUCAUUCCAGAUUACUCUCGACACAAUCUGCCCAUACAUAAAAACUUUGCAGAUGUCUUCAGUCCUCUCUCCAAGAAUUCAGGAUUCCAAAAAUGUUUCGAAUCCAACCCGGAAUCGGCUGGCGCUUAUUUGUGAAUUACUACUGUAUAUAAUAUUGUUGUUCGAACCAGAGACUAGCAAUGGUGGAGCAGAUUUUAUGAUUAGAUGACAGGGGGUUAGUCCGGUUUGAGCUGCUUUUAUUAUACAGAAUAGGGAUUAAAAAUUGUAAACUUAUGCUUCCCUAUAUAUAUUGAAGUUGUGUUUCUUCUGCAAACCCAUGGAUUUCUAAUCAAAAGCAACGCCUGUUAGGCUAGGUUUUUUGUUCUAAUUUAAUAUUAUGCUUCUAUAGGCAGCAUCAGCCAUUGUAGGUGCAAUAUGAUUAUGCAAAGUACAGGUUUUGGCUUAAAUUUCUUGAGUUAACCAAAGCUGUAUCUGUGCUAAUUUUCUUUUUUCGAAAAGUAGGUAAAGAUCUUUAUCAAUACUUUAUCUUUUUCAAGCAUGACUCCCUUCUGUUCAUGGAACCUGUAAGCAUUAUGGCAUCCAUGUAACAUUCACUUUCCCAUGCGCAUAGUCUUCCCCACCCACAUAUUCCUGAGACUUGAAAGCAGAUUUUUACAUUCGGCUGACUGAAAUUUCAGUUUAGGUUGGGUUUCUGCUGGGCCAGGAGUCAGGAUCCAGGACCCAACGCCAACCAAGGCAAAUUAAACAAAAAAAAUUGUAAAGACAGACCAAGCAUGUUAUCAUAGCAGUCCAACCAAAUUAUUUUGUGUCAGAUGGGUUUGCUACGGUUCGAUACCGCGGUUCACUCUUCCCCUUCUCACUAUUGCAAUAUAAUCCUAUUUAUACCAUUGGAUUAGCUAUUAUUGAUCAGAUAUGUUUGGCUCAAGUGACAAUUUGCCCCCUAAGCUUUCUGAUGAAGUUGAAAUCCCCUGAAAAAGAUUAAUUUACGGUUCAGUUUAUUACUGUUGAUUUAUCCGAGUUAUUUUUGGUAAAGAGAGUGAAAAUUGAAAGAAAGGGUGAGGGUAAAAAGAAAAAGAAAAAGAAAGAGAUUUAUAUUAUCUAUUUAUUUAAAAAAUUGAAAUUCUAGAAAACUUUAAUUAAAAAAAAAUAAAGAAAAUCUUAAUAGUUAAGGUUGCAAUGAAGAAAAUUACAUUUAGGUUAAUGGGUUUCUGUAAUAAGUGUAACCGAACUCGAGCAAUUAUAAAAUGUUAAUAGAAAUAAAAUUAAAACAGUGUUUGCACCAUAAAUAUUUUUGGACCAAACCGUUGGAAGUUACAUAUAAAUUGGUCAGUUCGUGGUAAAAAGU